UAUUAGAGCCCAAGCCUUUUUCAAGCAAUAUUCAAGGAGAGCUCUAAUGGCUUUUAACCUCAUGCUUGCAUUUGUUGCCAUCAUCAUCAGUGCUCUUCGAACAAUUGCUGUGCCAGCAGAAUAUGUUGUUGGUGAUGAAAAGGGUUGGGCUCCUGGAGUAAAUUAUAUGGCCUGGGCCGAGGGCAAGGAAUUCAGAGUUGGUGAUACACUUGUUUUUGAGUACAAUCUGGGAGAUCACAAUGUCAUUGAAGUUAGCAGGGAAGAAUUCAAAGCAUGCAAUGUAUCCAGAACACGUACUGCUCUAACAUCUGGUCAUGAUGCGAUCACCCUUACAGCUGGUGGAAAGAAAUGGUAUCUGUGUGGAAAGGAAAAUCACUGUAAUUUGGGGCAGAAGCUUGUUGUCACCAUCCUUCCAAGCAUCACUGUCCAACCAGCACAGAGCCCUAAUCCUUCAACCCCUCCAGCAUCUGGCUUGUCAAAAAAGAUCUCAAGCAGGUACAAACUCCUGAUGGUUGUGGUUGCUGCAAUGAUUAUGCUCUGA